AUGGGGGCCCCGCUGGCCGCGGCGCUCGGCGCCCUCCACUAUCUGGCACUUUUCCUGCAACUCGGCGGCGCCACGCGGCCCGCGGGCCAUGCGCCCUGGGACAACCACGUCUCCGGACACGCACUUUUCACAGAGACGCCCCAUGACAUGACGGCACGGACGGGCGAGGAUGUGGAGAUGGCCUGCUCCUUCCGAGGCAGUGGCUCCCCAUCCUACUCACUGGAGAUCCAGUGGUGGUACCUGCGCAGCCACCGGGACUGGACUGACAAGCAGACAUGGGCUUCCAAUCAGCUAAAAGCUUCUCAGCAGGAGGACUCGGGGAAGGACGCCACCAAAAUAAGUGUGGUCAAGGUGGUGGGCAGCAACAUCUCCCACAAGCUGCGGCUGUCGCGGGUGAAGCCCACUGACGAAGGCACCUACGAGUGUCGCGUGAUCGACUUCAGCGACGGCAAGGCCCGGCACCACAAGGUCAAGGCCUACCUGCGGGUGCAGCCCGGGGAGAACUCGGUGCUGCAGCUGCCUGAUGCGCCCCCCGCCGCGCCCGCGCCGCCGCCCAAGCCGGGCCGGGAGCUGCGCAAGCGCUCUCUGCCCGAGGCCUGCAGCCUGUAG